AUAACAAUUUUUUCAAAAAUUGAACAGCGAGCACCGGUUUCUCAUUUUAGUCUAAUUUUCAUUAAAAAAUGCUGUGAUAUUCAUCAUAUUUAACUCGUUAGAAAAUUAAACGAUGAACGUUAUCAAAAGAAUAAAAAAAUUUAUGGCGGUUUAUCGUCUACCGUACGAAAUCAAACCGCCUUACACUCACAUAGUUCAAGCCGGAGAUCCUGUCCUACGAAAACCGGCUGAAUAUCUCAAAAAACAAGACAUCGAGACUCCUCAAGUUCAAGAACUUAUAGAGCUGAUGAAAAAAAUCACGAUAGAUUACCAAUUCGUAGGAUUAUCAGCUUGCCAAAUCGGUAUCCCUUUACGUAUAAUGACUCUGCAUUUACCACGAGCCCAGAUCGAUAGACUUUUCACACCGGAGCAAAUCCAAACGAAAGAAAUAGAAGAAAUACCUUUACAAGUUUGGAUAAAUCCUGAAAUGAAAGUAAACGAUUAUAAAAGCGUCAUCGAUACCGAACAAUGUGGAAGUUUACUUAGUCUUUGUGCGGAUGUUAAACGUUACUAUAAAGUUACACUAAAUGGGUUAGACGAAAACGGUAAAAUAAAAUCGUUAACUGCUCAAGGAUGGACUGCCAGAAUCAUACAGCACGAGAUGGAUCAUCUCAGCGGUGUACUUUAUACCGAUAUAAUGAUUCCUAAAUCGCUAAGAAACGUCGUGUGGAAAAAAAUCAACGAAUUCAACGGGUUCAUAGAAUUACGAUACUAUCCAAAAUUCCAGUACAAGAAGAAAAAAUGAAAACCGAUCGAAAUCCUCGUUGGAAACGAAUACUUACCUCGUGAAUCGCUAUUUGUUGGAAGGAUAUUAUGUCAAGUGUAGAAUUGCCGGAAGUACAAUUUUUUGUUUUCGUUU